UUAAGAUAUAAUUGACCACGUUAAGAAAGCAACCUCAGCACUGUACCAGUUACAGCUAUGGAUUGGAGACUGUGCUUAGUCCUGCUACUGACAGCUCUCAACUGUGUUGUCAGGGGUCAAGAACACCAAAUGCCACCAAAAAUGAUCAGUACCUUCAACCUUGAAUAUUACUACCCACGAGAUUCCAUCCUUACCGAUGCUACAAUUAACUGCAAGGCACAGAACGGACAGAUUCAAUAUGAGUGGAAGAAAAAUGGAGUUGUUGUACAGAAUAGCCAGUUUGUACCAAUAGACAGAUCAACAGGAACUCUCAAGUUUGUCAGGAUGCAGAAUGAACACUAUGGAACUUACCAAUGCUUCGCUACAAAUGAAUACGGAACAUCACUUUCAAAGCCAUUCAAAGUAAAAGAAUCCAGAUUGGGAUCUUUUCCUGCUGGUGAUGCUGAAGAGGUACGAUGUAAAGAAUUUGAGCAUUGUAAAAUCCAGUGUCGUGACAAGCCAACCUGUUUGCCAGACUCACAAUGUAGAGUGGAGUGGAAAAUCGGAGAAGGAACCCAAACUAAUGUUGAGAUUAACAAACGGGUUGGAGUCGAUGGAAAUGGCGAUCUCCAUUUCAUGUGGACGAACACCAAUGACUGGAUUAGUUUACAGUACAGGUGUGGGGUGUGGCAGGAGCAGAGGAAGAUGUUGGUCCUGGGCAGUGAAACAACUCUAAGAAUUGAUCCCGUUUCAACAGUUCCAGAAAGAGAGCCCAUCUCAGUGUUUAAGGAGAAUGGCAAAGCCAUGUAUGGAGGGAAGGGUGUACUGAGGUGCAUGUUUUCUGGAUUUCCGGCCCCAGAUGUGGAAUGGAUAUCCCCAACAAAAGAGGUCAUUAAGGAUACAGAUGGCAAAUAUGCAAUCAGUGACUUUGGUAGAGUGCUGACCAUCUUGCAAGCAAAGCCAGAAUAUGAAGGAUUUUACAUCUGCAAAGGAAAGGGGAAAGUAGAGUCUGGCCCACAAAGAGUCUUUUUUAAUGUUACAUCUGCUCCCAUUCUGACCGGAGUCAAUCAGAUGCGUGACCUGGUGGUACUAGUGGAGAAAAAAGCCACGUUUCGCUGUGAGGCCGAGUCCUUACCGAAUGAGGAACCACCAACUCUUCCAAUAUGGAAAAAGAAUGGAGUGGAUCUCGUGAUAGAUGGAGGAAAAUACAUCUUAAGUGAGAACAGCAAAGUGUUAGAGGUUACUGACGUUCAAAAAGGUUCAGAUACAGGGACCUACCAGUGUAUGUCAGAAAACAGUGAGGGUGUUCUACUGAAAGAAGCCAUACUCAAGGUUAUUGAUCCAAUAACAAUCCUAGAGCGCCCUCUAGGUAGGUACAAGAUUAUGCCAGGUGACGUACUGAACCUAGUGGUGGUCGCUGACACUGACCCCUCUCUCACUCUGCAGUACAAAUGGAUGUUUACUGACAACCAAGGCAACGAAAAGGAAAUAGAAAGUAACGAGUAUUGGAAGUUCUCUCGGCCUAUUAACAACAAUCUAACGAUUGAUGUCAGGCUUAGUACAGACCCAGGCAUCGUAUAUUCUCUGACGGGAGAUUAUAAAUUAAAAAUAUACCACAACUACGACCAGAAAUUUAUCAACGUCACCAUUGAGACGGAUAUUAUUACUACAGGUGAGUACAACAAAUGGAUUAAUUCUCAAAAUGAUCGUAUUACAAUAUAUUGUACGUGCAUAUUUUAUUUUAAAUGUCCAUGUUCGUUUGUGUAAAUGCUAGGUCAUACAUUUUUUCUGGAAAACGUAUGUGUGUUGUGGGACGAUAUUAGUGUGUGUGUUUUUAGCCCACCUAUUUUUGUUAAUACAUUAAGUAGUUAAUUAUACACAGUCUUAAAACGUGAUUCUUAAACGUGAUACUUGCAAUCUAUUUAACAAAUAAGGAGUUCGUUCGAAAUGAAAUGAAAAUGAAAGCUUCGUCAUCUGAGUCAAAAGAAGAUGCCUUGGUAAGUAUAAAUCAGAAAUUCAAAACUGUGUAGCUCAUAAAUGAAGUGUUCUGUUAAGUAUCAUUAAAACUCGGGGAGAUAUCGUUUAAGAAAGGUUCAUAGUUUGAUGCAAAAAAUGCAGUUAAGACCAAUAAAACCAACUGUUUGAAUACGAAUAAUGGAGACCGAAAUUUUUAAACCAAAAUGAGAAGAAGGAGAGCACCCUAGAGGUAACAAAGAAAGGAGGACAAAGAUGAUCAAUGAAAGGGUAUGUGUGUGAUAAUUCCAGAUGUUAAUGAUCUAUAAUUGACAAAUCAAAAUAAACUCAGCCAAUUGCCGUGCCAUCUAACCUUAAGAACUAUUUUUUUUUAAAAAUAAAAAUGUUUUUUAAGCAUUUCUUUAAUUUUGUAUAAAAUUCUCACUAAUAUUGUAUAUCAUUAUAUAAUUGAUUAAUUCCUAGCUCUCUAAUUGGCUCAAUACCAACUAUUAAAAAACCCCAGAACAUUAUAUUCACCUGCACGUGACCUAAAAGGUCAAUUUAACAUUUGAUUUCCUCUUCGCUUGAUAACACUCAAUUUGAUAUCUCUGUAUCAAUUCGUCGCAGAAUCAUAUAAUAAAAUAACC